AUGGAUGAUGAAAAGCUGUGGAGAGUUUCCAAGAAAGACUCCAUCUACCAGACGACUCAUUUCUCUACAAAACCCGACGUUUUCAGACGAAGCUUCUCAACAAAAGCUUCUUCUUCGUCUUCUAAACCCAUCUUCACAAGAAGUUCCUCAACAAAACCCACAUCUUAUACUUCCUCGGAACCAAUCUUCAGACGGAGUUUCUCUGCAAAACCCACUCCGUCAAAAUUUUUGUUUCUAUCUAGGAGCGGUUCAACGAAAGGUCAAGCUACAACUUCUUCUACCAAGUGUUCCAUCUCUCGGAGCUUGUCUCAGAAAGGUGCUUCCGCGACCCGAAAGUGUCGUAAUGUGGCGAAGGAGCACAAGUCCCGGUUCUACAUCUUGAAACGCUGCGUUUUCAUGCUUGUUUGUUGGCACAAACAUGCCUAAGAUUCCUUGCAGAGAUGUGAGGAAAGAAGAUUAGGUUAAAUAAUUACAGAGAAUUUACUCGUUAUAUCAUCUCAUUUUUCC